UGUGCUAAUCCCUGUUAUGGAGGAUCGAAAAUUACUAGAAAGCCCACUCUAAUAAUCGUAGUUCGUAAAAGGGGAGCCACUUUCCGAGUUCCGACUUCCAAGCCAGACUUCUAGAGGAUGACUUUCCCGGGAAUUUCCGUAACUUGCCGGACAUGACAUGAGCUUCUUCAAAGGACUCGUUGACUCUCUGGGCUCGAUCCUUUCCGCCACAUAUAGCGAUACAAAUGAAUCUCACCCAAACCCUAGCUCUUCCAAUUCUCCAUCCAUGGAAGGCAUAGCUGGAAGUUCGGUUUCAAACGAGCGCGUUGCAUACAAGCUCAAAGGCUACUUCAAUUUGGCAAAGGAAGAGAUCGCCAAGGCUGUUAGGGCCGAAGAGUGGGGACUAGUCGACGACGCCAUUGUUCAUUAUAACAACGCUCAGCGCAUACUCGCCGAAGCCAGUUCCACGGCUGCUCCUUCUUUUAUCAGCGAAAGUGAACGAGAGAAGGUAAAAUCUUAUCGUCAAAAAAUAUCAAAAUGGCAGGGUCAAGUUACAGAGAGAUUACAAAUUUUAAGUAAGCGAGCAGGUGGUACAUCUAUAAACAAGAACACCUUAGCUCCUGCACAAAAGGCAACAAUUACAACAACAACAACUUCAAAUGCAAGGAAACAUGUGUUACCUAAGUCUUCUCAUCCCAGUACAAACACUGCAGCAGUGAGGAAUCUCACAAAUAACAGUUCAACUCCAAAACCUAAGCAAGAGUCUGGUGCUGGUUAUGAAGCAAAAUUGGUUGAAAUGAUAAAUACCUCAAUAGUGGAUAGAAGUCCUUCUGUUAAAUGGGAAGAUGUUGCUGGUCUAGAGAAAGCAAAGCAAGCUUUAAUGGAGAUGGUUAUUUUACCAACUAAAAGAAGAGACUUAUUCACUGGUCUUAGAAGGCCUGCUAGAGGUUUACUUCUCUUUGGUCCGCCUGGUAAUGGGAAGACAAUGCUAGCUAAAGCAGUUGCUUCGGAAUCAGAGGCAACAUUUUUUAAUGUUACUGCAUCUUCUCUGACAUCAAAAUGGGUGGGGGAGGCUGAAAAACUUGUACGGACCCUCUUCAUGGUUGCCAAAUCCAGACAGCCAUCUGUAAUUUUCAUUGAUGAAAUUGACAGUAUGAUGUCGACCAGGCUGGCGAAUGAGAAUGAUGCUAGCAGAAGGUUGAAGUCAGAGUUUUUAAUACAGUUUGAUGGGGUCACCUCUAAUGCUGAUGACCUAGUAAUUGUUAUCGGUGCUACUAAUAAGCCACAAGAACUGGAUGAUGCGGUUCUUAGGAGAUUGGUGAAGAGAAUAUAUGUACCUUUACCAGAUGUAACAGUUAGGAAACUUCUUCUAAGACACAAACUCAAGGGCCAAGCAUUCUCCUUACCCAGUGGAGAUCUAGAAAGACUUUCAAAAGAAACUGAAGGAUAUUCUGGAAGCGAUUUGCAAGCCUUGUGUGAAGAAGCUGCAAUGAUGCCAAUCAGAGAACUAGGUGACAACAUUCUCACCGUCAAGGCAAAUCAGGUAAGGCCACUUAGAUAUGAAGAUUUCCGGAAUGCGAUGACUGUAAUUAGACCGAGCUUAAACAAAAGCAAGUGGGAAGAGCUUGAACAGUGGAACCAGGAGUUUGGUUCUAAUUGAAUUCGUAUAGUGACAAAUUCUAAAGCCUCUUAUGAUUCGAAGAAUAUCCGAGGCGGAAGUCUUUUAUGUGAAUCACAGAUUUCACCACUUUGAAUUCUUUGUAUUCUUUACAUGAAAUGUACAUGCAAACAACAGAUUAAGAAAAUAAUAUAUAUAUAUAUAUAUGCAUAUAUAUUUUUAAUUUAA